AUACAAAUACAAAACCACCACCGUAAAAAUUUAUAAAUAAAUAAAAAAGAGGAAAAAUAAAGCUUUAAAAAGACACAGCAAACUAGGCAUCCUAGGCCACAUCUCCUCCUCCUUUUCCUUUUCCAAGUUUCCUGUUACUUUGAUUCAAUUCAAUCCCAUUUUUCUAUACUCCAUAUUCAUUUAUUUACUAUUUUAUGUUUGGUCUCUUCAUAUCUAUGCUCCCCACUUCUUCCCCCACCAACUUUCUGAUCAUAUACCCAAGUGAAAGAAAACAGAGAGAAAAACUAGUUUUUGGGUGCGAGAACAGGUUGAGGAGAAGGCCUGAGGGAUUUGGAGAAAAGGCUUGGAUUCAAAAUUUGAUCUUUUGGGUUGGUUGGUUUCAAGUUUUGAUCGUUUGUUCGUUUGGUUGAUUGAGAAAUGGCCAUCGAAGCUCAGAUGUAUCCGGAGAAUCUUGGGUUUCCAUUGUUAGGCUCACAGGAUUGGAUGGUGGAAAAUUGUGGUGGCGGUGUCGGUGGGUUCAGUCAGUUUAGUUUAAAUGCUCAACAGAAACACCAACUGCAACAACAAUUUCAGCAGCAACAACAGCUUCUACAAAACCAGCAGCAGAUAAUGGAUCAAAAUCUCUGCUUUGAAAACAGUUUUCUUGUCCCCACUUUGGAAAACAACAGCAGCAACAUUAUGGCCUCCUCCUUUUCUCAAACAUUGGAAGCUCAGGCUGCCAAGCAGAGGCAAGAGAUUGAUCAGUACAUCAAAUUACAGAAUGAAAGAUUGAGACUGGUGCUGCAAGAGCAGAGAAAGCAGCAAUUCGCAAUGCUGCUGAAGAAAAUAGACUCCAAAACACAAGGACUUUUAAAGCAGAAAGACGAAGGAAUCACACAAGCAAACAGAAGACGAAUGGAGCUCGAAGAUUUUCUCAGAAAAUUGGAGGCAGAAAACCAGGCAUGGAAAAGAGUGGCACAGGAAAACGAAGCCAUGGUCGUGUCAUUAAACAACACACUGGAACAGUUCAGGGAGAGGGCCACGUGUUGCCCCUUGAAUGGUGCAGAGGAUGCAGGGUCCUGCUGUGACAACUACGGAGAAGAAGGAGAGAGUGAUGAUGGAGUAGGAGGUGAAAAGAUGAAGGUUUGCAGAAGAUGUAAUUUUAGGAGUUCGUGUGUGCUGUUUCUUCCCUGCAGGCACCUCUGUUCAUGCAAAGAUUGUGAGGCCGUUCUGGAUUAUUGCCCGGUUUGUAGAACGCCAAAGAAGGCCAGCAUUGAGGCUUUGAUUUUCUAGGCUGAUUUUCCGGGAAAAAGUAGAUAGGAAAAACGGAAAAAUAAAUAAAUAAAGAAAAUGACUUGGGAAAUGCUUUGGUUUUGGCAGCAUGAUGUUAUGAUGAUGGUAAUGUGAAUAGAAUCAAUUUCGAUGCAAUUUUUCUUUUUUUUUUUAUUUGGUGUUUAUUUAACUAAUUAAUUAAUUUUAUAUUUCCUUUUUGGGGUCUC